GGAAGAUGUGUGACAUGUGGUGGGCCAGGAGUAUCUGAUGCAUACUAUUGCAAGGAAUGCACAGUACAAGAAAAAGAUGUAAGCAUUUUGUUUAUAUUUGAAUUAGACUAAAUUAAUAUUAUUUAUACUGAAUAGAUAGUUCUAUCAGUUCUACACUAUUCUCCCUGGAAGUCCAGAAAGAGCUUACAUAUUCUGGAUUUCUCAAUCUAUUUAAACUAUUUUCCCUAGUGAUCCAACUAAAUUACUAACUUUAUUUACACUGGAUACCUCUGCCAGUUCUAAAUGUGGUUUUCGUGAGGAACCAGUAAGAGCCAUAUCAAGGAAAGCCUACUCUAAACUAAUUUUAUUUUUACUGGAUUUAGUUUUAAUCUGUUUGCCACCUUAAUUAACCAUUCUUCUGUUAUUUUUCAGAGAGACGGCUGUCCAAAAAUUGUAAAUCUUGGAAGCUCCAAGACAGACUUGUUCUAUGAACGAAAGAAAUACGGUUUUAAAAAGAGAUAA